AUGUUUGCAUCACCAUUAGAGAAAAUGGCAAUUGUAAUUCAAUCUAAAAAUAGUGAUGGAAUGAUUAUCAUUUUACUUUUAAAUGAUAUUUAUAUUUAUUUACCAAUCCUUCAAUUUUAUCAUUUGUUCAAUUAA